AUGGCAAACACAUCAAUUCUCAAAGUGCUGUUUUUCGAUGUCUUUGGAACGGUUGUAGAAUGGCGUAAUUGUGUCGCCAGCUCUCUGAGGGAAGCUGCUGAGCGCGCAUUGCGAGACCCCAAGAAAACACUCUCGUCCGCUCUGCGUGCCCGCGCGACGGCCAUGUCCCCCAACGACUGGCAGGAGUUGGUGGAAGAAUGGAGGGCGUCCUACGGCCGAUUCACAAGAACCUUUGACUCAACCCAAGCUUUUAUCUCUGUUGAUGAACACCAUUUCCACUCCAUCCAGAAGCUGCUCCACGAGCAGAACUUGAAAGGACUGUUCACCGAGAAUGAACUAUGGAAGCUUGUUCUUACCUGGCACCAACUCGAGCCGUGGCCUGAUUCAGUCAAGGGCCUUGAAUUGCUCAACCGCCGUUUCCGGACCUGCACUUUGUCCAAUGGCAAUGUCUGUCUCUUGAAGGACCUCCAACGCCAUGGAUCUCUGCCCUUCACGGAUAUUGUCAGUGCUCAACACUUUGGGGCAUAUAAGCCGUCGCCGCAGGUGUACACUGGCGCAGCAAAGCGCUUUGGACUGGAUCCCCGCAAUUGUGCAAUGGUGGCUGCACACCUUUAUGAUCUGAAAGCCGCCAAGGCCCUAGGAUUUGCGACCAUUUAUGUGGAACGAAAUGAGGAGAGUCUCAGUCCUCAAGAGAUUGCUCAAGCCAAAGAGCAGUAUGUGGACGAGUGGAUCGAUGGUGCCACGGAUGGAUUGAUCGAGGUCGCCCGGCGACUAGGCAUUCAUGAGGAACCUUGA